AUGUGCAUCAUCAGCGAACGGCGCCAAGAAGCGGAAGUCAAGCAGCCAGAGAACAAAAUGCAAUAUGAAGACGCGGGCUUCAAGCCAGCGGUUCAAGGCAAGAUGAUCGAAGCUCUUACCGGCGAACGCCCAAAUACCAGAGCCAUCCAGAACCACGCUGCUGCGCAUGGAAGGCGGAGAACGCCGUACGACGCUAACGAGCUGCUGCAAAGGGUGAAGGACGCGACUGCAGACGGAGGGAAGUACCUCCUCAAGAUGGGCACCGAGGGACGUAUGACGCACAUCUUUUGGAUGACGGCAUCGCAGGUGGCACUCUCGAUAAAGUACGGUCACGUUCGCCUGUACGACGACACCGCGGUGAAAAACAAGUACAGGCUACCGGUAGGCAUCGGCGCAGUGAUCGACGGGGAGUACUUCACGCGCGUCGCCUUUCAGAUGAUUUCGUCGGACACCCAAGCGGAGACGUUCGAGUGGAUGAUGGAGUCAUGGAUGGAAACGCGGGGAGGGGAGGGGCCGGACGUGUUCAUCCAAGACGCCGACGGUGCCUGUACUCUAGCAGCGAACAAGGUGUUCAAGGGGGCGAAGAAGCUGAGGUGCCUUUGGCGCUUGUGGAAGAACGUCAAGGAAAAGCUCGGCAGCAUCUUGGGCAAAGAUUUUGCUGCGAGCUUUCGCCAACGGCUUCCGGAAGAUGCGCGGCCGGUUGUCGGAGACCGGCAUGGAGGAAUCGUUCGAGGAGCUCUGCGUCAACUUCCCAAAGGCGGAGGUCUACUUGCGGAAACUGUACAACGAUCGUCACCGCUGGGCGGCGGCUUUCUUUGUGCUGACGUUCAGUGUUUCGUCGUUCACGUCCAGCCGAGUCGAAGGAUCAUGAAGAAAGUGUGCGGCGCGAUGACUUCUUUGCAAGGCGUCUUCGAGUUCUUCGAAGGAGCAAUCGAGAAGCAGGAAGAUCGGGCACUCCUUCGCGCCGCUCGGCUUGCCCUUCCUGCUGUGGCGAUGCCGGGCGUUGACGACGUGUGGUUCGGGCAGAGGUUCAUGGCGCCGAUCCGUUUCGGACUUGGGAUGUGGCCGUUGCGGUUCAUGACGAUAGAGAUGGAGGCCGCCGCCAUUUUUUGUGUUGGUGGUAAUGCAGUGCUUGAGGGGGGCGAGCGUUUGGAAGCACUAGGGAAACUAGAGUUCCUGGGCGAGUUGAUUGUGGGCGUCGAGACGGUCGCCGUAGUCAUGGAAAGCCGUGACGGCCGGGUUAUGCGGCAUUGGCUAACAGAGCAGGGCCUGAGGGAACUGGAGGCUUGGCCACCAGAGUGCAAGCCGCAGUGGAUGGUAGCGCUAGUCCACAGCGACGCGUCCAAAGACGACCAGGUACGCCCUCCCACGGUGGUGGUGGGUGACACUUGGCAAGCGAUCCCGGAGGAUGCCACCAUAGAGACUAGGCUGCAGAGGGUGGCGCAGACAGGGCAAAGUUGUCAGGACCGCCGGCUCCUUUACGUGGAAAUGUUGAAGAAGGCCACCGCGGCCGUGAGCUCUGGGGUCCAGCUUGUCCCCCCUGAUACUAUGCGUGCUAUCGUGCAGACUUUCGAAAGUAGCAUGAACGCCGCGGCGAUGAUUUCUUCGGGGCAGGGGGCUGUACUGGGCAACCCACAAGCUGUGCGCCAACCAGCUGUUAGAAGUGAAGCCCAACCACACUUGAACCUUCUUGAGCUUUCGACGGGUUCUGUUCAGGGAAGAUCAACUCGGAGCCAAGCGUGCACCUCGCCAAUCGACUCCGCUUGGUCGAAUUACCCACAAAGGAACUCACUGCAGGGUCUCCCGACCCCACCCCGACGAGAUACUGCUCUUUCCCUUUCCGUCUCCUGGACGGUGGCGGCUGCUGCCACCAUGCUGAGGCGCGAUGUCAAAAUUGCGGGAGAAGCGAGGGUCAUCAGGCACAGAUGGCGCACGCACCCCAGGGGCUAUCACCUGACCUCCACGCUGCUGAAGAAGGGCACUGAGACUGCGGCUACCAAGGCAAUAGGCUCUGUGGUGGAUAACCUCGAGGGCGUUGCACGUAUGGCCCGAGAGCAUGUUGAUGACCUCCAAGAACGGGCUACUAAACGUCGCAAGAAGAAACCGGAAGGAGCCGCCACCAGAUCUGCUGCCGCUGCUGCGGUGGCUGCUGCUGCUGCCGAACGAGGUCCAAGGUUAGGAGCCGAUGCACGUCUCGCUCGCUCGGAUCCGCUUGAGGCGCAUCUUUUCAGCGGACCGAGGAGAAGCCCACAACCCACAACGACUCCUCCACGACAACGGCAAACGGCUAUCGACGGGCACCGCGACGGGGUGAAGCAGAGCGUGUUAGAGGAUGAUGUGUUGAAGGAGGAGCUGAGGGAGUUGCUGCGUGUCGGAGAACUUGGAGAGGCAGCGGCGACGAAGGCUGCUGUCGAUGCGGAGAACACUCGCGCACUGGUCGCCUCUAUAGAGGCGCUGAAGCAACACUCCCACAGCAACAUCGGCCGCACUGCCUACAACACCGUCAUUGCCGCAGCUGCCGGAGCGCAGCACACGUGCGAUCCUGAUGACCCUUGCACCCCGGAUGAGCCGUGCGCACCUGCUGAGCCGCAUGGUGCCGUCAGCCUUACCGCGCGAGCACAGAGUCUCGGUGUGAGAGAUGCCACGUUCCGUGCAGCGCGUACCCGGAUGCACAGGACUGACCACACCAUACCUCCACAGGAAGCUUUGGAGAAGGGGAGAUACCUCUGGGCUCCUCGCAAGGAAAGGAGCGACAAGAUGGACGAACGUGUCAUGGGUUUGGCGAGGAGGUUCUGGCACUCAGACGAUAUUUCUCGUGCGUCGGGAGACUCCGGGACGAAAGCUAUGUGGAGGCCGUCCAAGAAGGCAGGGGAGGAGUAUCACCCCCGUAGGCAGCUCAUGGUCGCGGGGGACCAAGUAUGGCACAAGUUUCUGAAGUGGCCGGAGUACUUGGGGCUUAAGGCGGAGCUGCUGAGGGAAGACAACAGCUUCACGGACCCUGGGCGGACGCUGUUCCUCUCGACGCGGUGUGGGUGCUUAGUGGAACCCAAGGUAUCGCAGUGUGCAUGCCAGAUCCACACGCAGCAGGGGCUGUACCUGAAGGCCUUCGAGAUGUUGAUGCCUGCAAUACAUGCCAACUGUGACUGCACGUGCAAGUGGUGCGACGGGGGGAGUGGGUGUGGAAAGUGGAUGGCCAUGUGUAAAGAUCUGCACAGCUUUUCUGAGGCUUUGGCUUGCGAGAAGGUAGACUUUCUUGAGGAGGACCGAGGGGGUAGGUUUGAGCACUGGGGGAGGAAGCCCGCAUGCGUUGCGAUGGAAUGUUCCGAAUGCGGGUUUGGCAACCCAGGCGGCAUCCCCAUGAACUGCGAUGCCCUGGGGUCUAUGGCGGACAGAGUAGUCGGGUGGCUUCGGUUCGCGGAUCAAGUCAUGGAGGAUGGGAAAGUGCACAAGAAGCAGCAGCUACCCCAGGGCGGAAAACUGGGUGACCUGUGGCAGGAGUUUGUGGAGCACUCCAAGAAGUAUCUUCAUCACCAUGAGCUAGCAAAGUGGCAGCGCCAAGCCCACAACAUGUGCCUGGCGACGUUCUCCAAAGGCGAGCUGUUGGUGGAGACCGACUUUAUCGAGAAGUACAAGCACGAGGCUGGCGCUAUCUUGACGUGCGCUACUGCGCCCUCCACGACCAUGAUGGUGGCCCUAGUUCACCACAGUCCUGACGACAACGGCCGGCAUGAGACAGACGCAUGGGUUUUCGUAUCGAGUGAUCCCAAUCAUGACUUCGACUUCCACAUCUACGCCAUGGACAUCAUCCUUCAGUACUACAUCACGGGGGAUGGGCGGGCCGCUACUGCUGGAACCCCGACCCCGACGGUGCACAUCUUCACCGACGGGUGCGCCAAACAGUACAAGGGGAAGCGCAACUUUCAUGCCGUAGCCAAGAGCUUGCACAGGCUUGGUGCCAUCCUCAUCCACAACUUCGCGGUCACGUCGCACUUCAAAGGCGCCCACGAUGGCAUCGGAGGGUUGCUGAAGGCUCUACUGCGAGAAGCGGAGAAAAGGGGCCAGCGCAUCCACGACACCGAAGCCGCAGCCGACUUCCUCAAAGCCUACGCCGAGGCAAAGGAGGAUGGAGGAGGCCACUUUUCAACCUGGUCUCCCUACCGAAUCAGGAGGUUCCACAUCAAGCUUCUUGGACACCGAGAGAUCCCUCGCCCGUUUGUAGAUUUGACCGGCAUCUCUGGGAGUUCCAAGCUGUACCAGUUCAUGGGAGCGGAGGUCCAGGAGGAGGAAAGCUCGGGCGUGAGCGUAGAGGUGCAGAAAGAGAGCGGGGUUCCUCCCCUCGUAGGUGGCGAGAACGAGGUUGUAGUUAACCCGCUGAGAUGGCAGGCAGACGAAUCAAUCGUUCUGACGGUUCCGGCUGUCACGAAGCGAUACAAGCUGCGCGUUCGCCAGGCGUCGUGCUACUGCUCGAAGUGCAGUGUUGGAGCUUACGACGACUGCGUCCCGGCCAAAAAGUAUGAGGGGAUGGUCGGUAUGGUGAAGGAUGUGUCGGGCAAGCACAAGGUAACCCGGACGUCUUGUGGUGUAGGGGAUUGAGGGGUGUCCGUGUUGCACGUCAUGUGCUGAUUGACGCCUUUUUCUCUUCGAUGUUCUUCUGUUUUUUUGGGUAAUUUUGUUGCAGUAUUUGUACUUUUUUUGUUGCUGUGUGCUGUUUGUUGCAUGUUGCUGUAUUCACGUGCAGCAGCAGGUCGUCUCCCUUGCGGUUUGGGAUACCAAAAAAGGGUCUCCAGCAGGAGAAAACAAUAUUUGCAGGCGCUGGUGGCUAAUAUUUUCACGGUUUGUCGCCCAAAUAGGCUGUCUUUUUCCAUAUA